AUGAAGUCCAUCGUCCACAUCCUGGCGUUAGAGUCUCGUUUCUUUGAGGCGCUACUUGAGAAAAGAGAUGACUGUGAAGACUGUGGCGAAGGCGUCGUGCCCGGAGCGUUGAUGUUCGUCUAUAUGCGGCUUUUGCCGGAUAGGAAGCUCACACUAGACUGUCCUCGAGAGGAGGUUCUAGUGGACCCACCGCCAUCUUACAUCUUUGUGAUGAAUGAGGAUCUCUAUGGUGUGUAUCCAACCCCUAAUGCUGUCUAUAUUAGGAAGCCAUUAGAACGUGGAGAAGAGGUCAUGGUGCUACACCCAGGCUAUCAGGGAACUAACACGGCUGUCCAUCAUUAUCAUGAGUCUCAACUAUUCGUAUUGUGUGAGGACAAUAGCAGGAUGAUUCAAUAUGAUCUAACCCAACAGACAAGUUCGACCCACUCCGUUCUGGGUCUCCCAGUGGACAACGACAACGCUGAGCUCGCCUGGGAUAAUCCACUCGUGUUCUUCAUGUCCGGUGCCGGUCGCCUAUUCUGCCUCGAUAUGCAGAGUGCUAAGGACGAUACUCUGCAGGCCAAGCCUAUCUGGAGCAUCCCCAGCUCGUUGUCACACAAGGGCUCCUACAGUCUGUUUAAAUGUUUGCCGGGAGAACCCGAAAAGCCCCAUCUGAUGGUAGUCUAUACGGCUUAUCUUGGCGAGGUCGUCACGUUCUACCUCGAGUUGAAUACUCCCGACGAACCCCUCAUCGAACACGGCAGCGAGGUCGAGAGUAUGGGGAUAUCGCUCCCCCCGAGCAUUGCCUUCAUUAUACCUUUCAAUGUCGGUCUGUUCGGUUUUGCUAUGAGAAGGUACGAUCGAGAUACUUACAGCCUAUCCUUCACGAGCGACUCCCACAGAACGGACAGAACCCUAGACAUUGGCAAGGAUCUCCCAACCCGACAGAGUCUGCAGCUGGUCUAUGGGGCGAAAGACGUCAUUCAUAUUAUGAGACAGGAUCCUUCACUGGCUUAUCCGACUCACGCAAGCUCGGAUAAGGACGGUGAUACUACCAUUGAUGAGGGAGGGAAGCGUCGAUGUAUCAAUCAGACGCCGUGUUGGAUUAGUACUCACUAUAUCUACAUUUGA